CAGUUGCAGUUGUCAGACGAUCAUAUGGUGUUGUCGAAUGGCAUGAUUGAUAACCGGGAAUCCUGUCCAUCUUUUCCUUGCUUGUUUUCAGAUCCGGAAUAUUAGUUAUGGGUAUUUUAGAGAAAAUAUCGGAAAUCGAGAAAGAAAUCUCGCGUACUCAGAAGAAUAAAGCCACCGAGUACCAUUUAGGUCUGCUGAAAGCGAAAUUAGCCAAAUACAGGUCGCAGCUUUUAGAACCGUCGAAAAAGUCUGAAAAGGGCGAAGGGUUCGAUGUACUGAAGAGCGGCGAUGCCAGAGUGGCCCUAAUAGGGUUCCCUUCAGUGGGAAAGUCAACAUUGCUUUCUACACUGACGAAAACCGAAAGCGAAGCAGCUUCGUAUGAGUUCACUACAUUGACAUGCAUCCCAGGUGUAAUAGAUUAUAAUGGGGCCAAUAUUCAACUACUGGAUUUGCCUGGAAUUAUUGAGGGCGCCGCCCAAGGAAAGGGCAGAGGCCGGCAAGUAAUUGCAGUUGCCCGUACGGCAGAUUUGGUUUUAAUGAUGUUGGACGCGACUAAGAAAGAUGUACACAGAGAGUUACUAGAAAAGGAAUUGGAAAGUGUUGGCAUCAGGCUGAAUAAACAGAAGCCCAACAUCUAUUUUAAGAUUAAAAAAGGAGGAGGUGUCUCCUUCAAUUCUACUUGUCCUCUAACUAGAAUAGAUGAAAAGCUGGUUCAACUGAUUCUCCAUGAGUAUAAAAUAUUCAAUGCCGAAGUCCUCUUUCGUGAAGAUUCGACUGCAGAUGAGUUGAUUGAUGUGAUCUGUGCGAACAGGGUCUACCUGCCUUGUCUUUACGUUUACAACAAAAUUGAUCAAAUCUCGAUCGAAGAAGUUGAUAGAAUUGCUAGGCAGCGCAAUAGUGUAGUUGUGAGCUGUAAUAUGAAACUGAAUUUAGAUUAUCUGUUAGAAGUGCUAUGGGAAUUUUUGAGUCUUAUUCGUGUUUAUACGAAGAAACCGGGUCAGCCACCAGACUUUUCUGAUGGUUUAAUUCUCCGAAAAGGAGUUACAGUCGAACAUGUGUGUCAUUCGAUUCAUAGGACGUUAGCUGCUCAGUUUAAAUACGCUUUGGUUUGGGGCACCAGCACUAAAUAUUCCCCGCAAAGAGUGGGCCUUUCCCACAUCAUGGCCGAUGAGGAUGUCAUUCAAAUUGUAAAAAAAUAACUUAAGUUCUAGCAACAAUGACAAAUAUAUUAACGCCGAUUAUUAUGGUGAAACUACUGUUGUUAGGCCUGUUAAGUAUUUCAAUACAUAAUAUUUGAGUAUAAAA